UAGCAAGCAUCAGGCGUUCGAAAAAAUGGCGGUCUUGAAAGUUGCGGCGUUUCUAGGGAUAGUCACAGCUCUUGUAGCGGUUUUGAUUGCCUGGUACACGAGUGAGAAUUUUGAUCCUGAAACUCUGCGAGGCAAAAAGGUCGUGAUUUGUGGAGCUUCGACUGGGAUUGGAGAAGAACUCGCUUAUCAAUAUGCCAAACUUGGAGCUCAACUUUUACUUGUUGCCAGGCGUGAAGAGGAACUUAAAAAAGUUGUUGCACGUUGUGGAGAUUUAGGAGCACAGACGGCAAACUACGUUGUUGCUGAUCUGUCUUCUUUGGAGGCUGCCAAGCAUUUGGCUGAAGAAACUAACAAGCUAUUUGAUGGACCUGAUGUAUUGAUUCUCAACCAUUUAAAGCCAUUUUACGAAUUAUGGAACAAGAACAGUAACCUCGAAAAAGUUCCACAGUACUUUGCUGUCAAUACCAUAAGUUAUAUCAAUAUUGCUACCUUACUGCUCCCUGGCCUUCGGAAGACCAAUGGAAGCAUACUUGUUGUGUCAUCAUUUGCUGGGGUUGUUCCUGUGCCAAGAGUUUCAACUUAUUGUGGAAACAAGCACGCACUGCAUGGAUUUUUUGACAGCUUGCGUCAAGAUUUAGCUCUGCAAGGCCAGCGUGGAAUUUCUGUCACAUUGUGUGUUUUAGGGUUGAUCGAGACAAAAAAUGCUCGCACUAUGACCAAAGGCCUUCCUGUGGACAAAGGUAUAAAGGGAGAACCUGUGGAUGAAUGUGCUCUUUCCAUGAUCAAAGGAGCUGCUUUGAGAAAACGGCAAAUAUAUUUCCCAUGGUAUUUAAGUUUUGUUGAAACAGUACAUUUCUUUUUCCCAAGUUUUGUUGAGAGUGUAAUUCAAGUUGCUACCAAUGAAAAACCAAUGGUGGAUAUUUGGGAAUGGUGAGAUUUUAUUGCCGUAGGCUCAAUGUUGUAGAGCAGAGCCAAAAUAAAUAGAGCUCUUCUUGACAUUGUAUUCUUUAUUUAUGGUGAUUUCUUGUAAUUGAGAUAGAGGCUUGUGAAAACACAUUUUCAUUAUUUUCUUUGUGUGUGUGUGCUGUGUAGAUAUGACCAUGAAUAACUGACAUUUAAUAUAUUGAAAGGUUCUGCUAGGGCCCAGAAUAAAACCUGGAGUGACUUUUGAUGCAAAAUAAAGUUAUCUCUGUGUUUCACCAGAGAAAAAACAAAGAGGUCAGUUGAGAUAAACAGGUCAGUUUGGAAGGUGGUUAGCUUUUUUUCAGAGGUCACUCAAUGCUUCAAGAGAGUAGUUAGUGUA